AUGGCGGAUCUUUGCCCGGGCGGACCAUACAUUCUCCGCAACUCGUGGGAUUUGAUCAUGAAGAAGAUUAAUACCAAUAAACUACCGCAGGAUAUCCCUGCCUCAAGUGCCGCAAGGCUCCUUGAAGAAAGACUCCUUGACGGAGUGCGACCCCAGAUCGACGGUUCCAGUUCGGGAACGUGGGCUACCGGCAGGACCAUCCCGGCCGGCUUGCCCACCCCCGCGGCUGUACCGAAGAUCAAGCCCGCCAAUAAGGCAGAUGUCCUUCCAGCCAGAGGGCAACCAGGAGGCCUUGGCGACCCCUACAGGAAAGGCCUGUCGGGGUCCAAGGUCAAAUGGUACCUCAGGUACCUUCAACAGGGCAUGACACCUGUUGAAGCUCUGAAGAAGGCGAAGGAGCCACGACCAGUGGCACAAAAUGUUGCCCCUGCCAGCAAGCGGGCAAAUAGCACCCUCACCCCUCCGAUGGACACCCCGAAGAGGGCCAAGCGGCGGCGACGAGGAGACCCCCCUAAGGCAUCUGCUGGCGCACCCAGCGUGUCGAAGGCGGGUGACAAGGGUGAGAAGCAGCCACCCUCCACUUCCACGGCUCCUCUCACGGGCACCUCCUACGCGGAGGCCGCCAAGAGAGUAAGAGUUGCGGUACUACCUGAGGACUACCCGCAGGUAUACCUGAGCAACGAAGAGCUUGCCGAGCUGGAGGAGGCCAUAAUGGACGAUGUAGUCACGUCUGAAUGGGACUCAGCAGUCGCCUUCAGAGGUAUCCACUUUAGGGUCGGAUAUCUCCUGAUAGACUGCUUAGACCAGGAUUCAGCGGACUGGCUGAGGACUGUGACGCCUCAGCUGAGGACUUGGAAGGGCGUGCCCCUUGACACUAGGGUAGGGGAAGACAUUCCUGCGGCAUACAAUGUCACAGUCUUCUGCCCUAGAAGCGCAGAAAGAAGCGAUGAGGAGCUUCUGAUGAUGCUGGGACGCCAGAAUAGAAUGGAGGUCGAUUCCUGGAAGGUGAUCUCCCGAAGGAACGACGGAGGCGGAGCACUCCUCGUUAUUGGGAUAGACCAACUCACCCGAGAUGAGAUCGUCUCUAAAGGGCACCAGCUGAACUUUAGAUUCGGGACCGUCUCGCCACAAGAGCCAUUGGGUGCAAAGGAGGAAGCUAUCGCCGAUAUGGACGUGGAGAGUGAGGACGAACUUCUCUCACACUCCCAGGAGGUGGCACAAGAGCCCCUCCGAGAAGAUAUCGACGAGAAGGAGGCCGAC